AUGUCUGCUCCGUCACAAACACCGGGUGCCCCUGCGCCGGGCGCAUAUCAAGGGCCUUCGGCAACUCCUCCGGCUCCUACGCACACAGCUUCAAACACAACAGGACAAGCAGGCGCCAGCACAACAGGAGGAGCCAUGUCAAACCAAAAUCUCAAUCAAAUAGUGACGGACUAUUUACUUAAGAGGGGCUUCAAUCGCACAGAAGAAGUGUUUCGCCAAGAGUCUAAGCACCUCGGCCCCGAUGGUAAACCCAUCUACCAGCUAGCUAACCUUGGCCCAAAGAAGUACCAAAAAGCCUUUGGUCUUCUUCGUGAGUGGGUUGAGAACAAUCUGGACAUCUACAAGUUUGAACUGUCCAAAUUGCUCUGGCCCGUCUUUGUCUACUCCUUCUUGGAACUUGUCACCCAUGCCUAUACUGAAGAUGCCAAAGUCUUUCUCAGGGAUAUUGGCCCUAACUUUCAGCCAGUCCAUGCAGACGAUCUCAAGACGCUCGGUACUAUUACACUGGCACAGCACAUCACUGAGAAUCCCAUGACAAAGCUGUACCGGGAGAACAAAUAUCGAAUUCCUCUGAACCAACACGCCAGUGGCGAUCUUUUUAACUUUCUAGAACGCGAAUCUGAUCAAGGUGGUUCGGUCAUUCGCCAGCUCUUGGCGACGUACUGCCAGAUUGACUCUACAGCUCGUGGGCCUAUUACUCCCUUCAGUUUCGAGGCUGUAUACAAACGCUCAAGAAAUAUGGAGGUCGAGAGCGUAGACACAAACGAAGGCAUUCCAGGUGUCAAUAUAGGGUUGUCCAACAAGGAUGUUCUGGAUCCAACUGCUCCUUUAAAGCUUGGGCCCUUGCCCAUGGACGUAGAUCUUCGCGACGAUGUGCGUGCAGAGCUUGAGGAUGAUGAGCGACGAAACCCACCUCCUCCUGGGAAGGCAUCAUUGGUGGAUGAAUUUGACCAGAAGAUCAAGCGGGAGGAGAGUGCAGAUGCCCCUAGCAGAGCAGAGUUGCCUCUGCCGCCGUCCAGGCCAAGAGAUAUCAUGCUCGAAAUGCAAAAGCUCAGGGAGAACCGCGACAGAUUCAAGAUUGAUGGCGCUACAGGAGGCGUCGGUGUACCGAUUAGUGCAUGCAUGUUCACUUUCCACAACACACUUGGAAGUGUUGCUUCGAUGGACUUUUCCAACGACGGGCAGCUAGUGGCAGCCGGUACUACUGAGUCGUACAUUCGAGUAUGGUCGUUGGAUGGCAAAGCCCUCCCCACUAUGAACCCACAUGAGAAGGAUGCCAAGUUUAACAGCCGCAAGCUCAUCGGACACUCUGGUCCCGUCUACGAUGUUUCUUUCUCUGACGCCGUGUCAGGACCCCCACAGAAGCUCUUUGGCGACGAAGGCAAGUCAAACCCAGCCAUGGACACGCGGCCCAAGCUGCUACUAUCUGCAUCAGCGGACGGCCAGAUUCGUCUAUGGUCGUUGGAAUCUUGGAGCUGUCUUUGUCUUUACAAGUCCCACGAUGGACCUGCAUUCAGAACACAAUGGGGCCCUCACGGGCACUACUUUCUCAGUGGAGGGUAUGACAAAGCUGUCCGGGUAUGGAUGCAGGAUCAUGCUUCUCCUCAACGAUUGUUGGUUGGCCAUGACACAGCCAUCUCGGCGCUUACAUGGCACCCUAACGGACUCUACGUGUUUUCCGCUUCUGACGAAACCGACAAGUCGAUCCGUAUGUGGUCUGUAGUGACCGGCUCUUGCGUACGUGUCUUUACAGGUCAUAACGAGUACAUCACCGCCAUGGAAUGCGCGCCAAAUGGCAAGAUCCUAGCAAGUGCCGAUUGCGCAGGUAACAUCUUCUUUUGGGACCUUGCUAAAGGAACACGCAUCAAACGGUCGCGCGGCCACGGCAAAGGCGGCAUCUGGUCACUGAGCUUCAGUGUUGAAUCCAACGUGCUUGCAUCUGGUGGUCAAGACGGCACAGUUCGACUGUGGGAUGUUGAACUGCCUGCUGAUCCACAAAAGGCAAGCCAGCAGCAAACUGGCAAUGACACGACGACAACGGGAGCGGAUGGUACGAAUACCGGAGGUGUCGUUGGUGAGGGUUCCCGCGUUGCAGCUGCUACUUCAGGACAAGGUGGAAGCAGCGGUACAACCGGAACACACAAGAAAAAGAACAAGGAGGUCAUGAUUACUCCCGACCAAAUCAGCGCGUUCCCGACGAAGAAGACGCCAGUAAUGAAGGUCAAAUUUACACGGAUGAACUUGGUAAUUGUGGGAGGCUGUUACGACCCCGAGCGUUAG